UUUGCUUCUUUCGUUUCUGAUGCUUUCAGGUUAGAACAUAUUCAAAAACAUUGCUUCUUUAGCAAAGCUCAUCUUGAAUCAUGGAAAAUUUGCAUAGGUGAAUGCUUGUGAAGUACCAUGUCAAUCUAAAAUAAGUGACUUUGUAAACACCCUGUAGAAUUCUUUAGCAUUGAGCUUGGGUACGUACGGACGCCACAUAUGUCGACUUAGAUUGUUAAAUAUAGUUUUUCUUUAAAUAAGUGUAAUGACAGAGCCGGCAACAAGUUUAAUGGUUUCGAUGAACUUAUCUCUUAUGCCUGUUAAUGUUUACAGUGUGUAUCUGUUUGUACAAUGCGCUGCUUUAUAUUGUAAUCAUUGUACUACUUUUAUGUACAGUGAGCAUAUCAGUAGUGCGAGCAAGUGUUUCCUUGACCGAACAUUCUUUGAAAGUGACAGAUGUUCUCUUUUUCAUCGGACUGUAUUAUUGAGGGGGAUGAUCGUUUAGUGUCGAUUGUACGGAAGAUUUGAUGUUAGAGAUGAUUAACUAGUACCACCUAUUUUUCAGCAUUUUUAUGUCGUGAAAAGAACAAUUUGUAAGGUAUCAAAUGCUUAAAAAUUGGACAAUCCACAUUGUCGAGUAUCAUAGAUCCACGAACACCGUACUUUUGUGCUUGAGACCAGAUGCUUCAAUGAAUGCGUGGGAACCAUUAAGUAAAUCCAUAUUCGGUGCAGCGUAUUUCCGGAAAACGAACCAUUUUCGUAAAGACAGUGCGUGCACCGAAGUGUAAACAUGCGGGACAUGUGCAAAAGCAGUGCCGUGGUGGCCGCAGUCGUGGCGGUCCUGGAAAAACAACAAAACAGCAACGUCGGCGCUGAAACGGACGAAAAGCGUCGCGGUCGGUUUUCCUCGAUGCACCGUCAGCGUCCCGCUUCCCCGCAACCGGCUAAAUUUAGCCAGGAGAACGCGACGGCUAGCAGCGCCUUCGAAAACGCCGUCAAAGACUUCCAUUCGGUGGCCGAGGACGUGGAAAAGAUCUGCUCGGGGAGGCAAUUGAGGAGGGUGCCGGUGCACGAGUACGGUCCUGCAGCCGCGAUCGCGGGGAGAAGUCCGCAAGCGCCGCCACGCAGGUCCACGCAGCAACAGGUGAAACAGGUACCACAGAACUACCCAGUUACUAAAGAACCAUCACUCAGUCCGUCUGAGACCCGAAGUUGCACCCAAACCUCCAGUCAUCACACACCUCGAAAGGCUCCGGAAAUACCUCAAAAGCCAUUCAAACCCUUGCAAAACAAUGAGACUGGGGUUGACAAUAUUUUAGACUGUGAUACGUCGAGGCGUUAUAACCCACAAGACGUCAACGGUGAAGCUGUUGAGCGCAAAACAAGACAGCAUACAGAGCAACGAAGUACUACUUCGUCGAACGAAUUUGAAGUGACCAGUGCUGGUGGAACGAUCUUCCAAAUCCAACAAAGUGGCUGGUCAAACAGCGGUGAUAUUGUGAAAGUGUUUCAAGUGCCACAAAGCUAUAGUCACCAAGGUGAUAGCAAAAGUUUUUCAGAAGAGGACUCGCGCAGCCGUCCUCUCAAAGUGUGCGACCGGGCUCCGAGUGGGUCCCAAACGAGUGUCAUCGUGGUGCAACAGGACGAGGAUGAUGAUAGUACGACACCGGAUCCGUCAUCGAGUGAUGAUAGUGACGUGGAGCGGGAACACGUGAUCAACGAAGGGCUGGCCACCAUCGUGGAAGAGUUGGGCAGUCUUCAUUCGUAUGGGGGAGCGGAUGACGACUCCAGUCUGGAAGAGGAGGAAGAGGAGGUGAGCCGAACCGCUGCGAACGGUAGUGGGGGAACGGUGAAAAAGGAAGAGGCAGCUGCCUUAGGAGGAGGUGAAGGAUGCUGGUCCAAUCGGGGAUCAAGUUCUGACGUCUCGAGCACCGCUGGCUCUUGCUCGUCUUCUUCGGAAUCGCCGCUCAAAGACAGUUCCACCAGAUGCAACGGAGAUUUCCGCUGGAUCUCUAAACAAGACCAAAAUCCAUCAUCCGCCUCUAUGGCUUCCAUGGCAUCCAUUGAAGAAUCCGGAGAACCACCUCCCACAGCGAAACCUCCCCUAAACGCUUGCAAACCUCCGAUCAGACCUCACAAACCACCAGGCAAUUACCAGCUGUCUGGAAGCUCGGGAAGCCUCGAGAAACCGCCUAGAAUCCUGGAAAGACCAGGAGGUAGUCUCGAGAGGCCUGGAGCUCACUUGGAUAAACCAUCGAGGUCCGGCACGUUGGAUAGACCCGGUGGAAGCCUGGAUAGAAGGAGACAGCAUCACCAAAAUAGGCAGGAACGAGAUCAAAGAUCCAGGAGCGGAAGCCAUGUGAUCCAUGUGCCAACGACGCCUCCACCAAGACUGGAGGAUUUUACGCGGUGUCAAGGAUGGUGUUGUAAUAGUCAAGGAAACAACCAACAUGAUUGGCUUUGUUUCCAGAAGAGGCACGAAAGGUUGGACCCGCAAAGGUACGGUAGCAAUCCGGCGCUGGAGCACCACCGUCAACCCUCCCGAUACUCGGACUACACCGGCAGCCAUCCGGACAUCUACAGCGACUUCAGCAACGGAAACGGCAUCGCGAAUCAUUUCAACAGGCACCACGAGAUGUCGCCGUGCUGCCCGUUUCACGUUCCACCGCCUCCUUGCUAUUGCUUCGACAUGCCACCCCACAGGGGCGGCGGCUUCAACUGUUGGACACCUCCCCCGUACCAUAAGAGUGGAGGAGACCAAGAUGAAAAGCUCAGAAAAUUGCAAUGUGAGAAAGACAACCUUCAACUCCAAGUUCAAGUACUCUCAGAGCAAAUCGAAGCUCAGGCAGAUAAAAUAUCUGACUUGGAGAAGAUGCUCAUCGAAAGAAAACUGCACCUAUCUGAGACUGAAGAAAAAUUACAGAAGGAAAUGCUAUCAAGGUCUUCCCUAGAAACUCAAAAAUUAGAACUGAUGUCGAUAAUGAGUGAACUGAAACUGCAACAGGCAGCACUCGAGAGGGAAAAUUUGGAAUUGAGGAGUAGUCAGCACAAUAAUAAUUCGGAGGUUAAGAAACCACCUCUGAUGCCUCGAAUGCACAGCCAACCUCAACUCACCUCUACACCUGUUCAUCACGCAAGCAACCAGCAUGUCAACAUGUUGACUUCAUCACCUAGUCCUGUAGUAGUCGGAUCUAGCAGUCAUUCUAGAAUCACAGAUCAUUCAUCACAAGACUUCUCAUCUAGUAAGUCAUCUUCAAGUUACAAACGUCAGAUAGACAUCAAGUACGGCAGUCUGCCACGUCAGCAGUUCCUGGCCAAUGGAGACGGAGGAGGGAUCGGCGGCGGGGGAAAUGACGUCACGGACAACAACGCGAAUCCGUCGGCGCUUGCAGGAAAGAAAGGGGUCGUUUUCGCAGCUGAUACGGAAAGAGAUGACGGGACCAACGAAACGCCGGGAUCACCGAACGUAUCGUUCAAUAAAAAUAAAGGGAUUAAGAAAAUCUUCGGUAAGAUGAGACGAUCCGGAUCUGGCAACCUGGAAGAUAUUCCCGGAGUGGUGGGAGAGUUCCAAAGGGGCGGAAUUAGAGCCACGGCUUCGGCGAGGCUCGGAUGGAACGAUGCAACGCCAGCUACAAGGCCUGACAAACCGUUCGCCGAAUGGGAUGCCGAGAACAUAUGUGAUUGGCUGCAAGAUCUUGGGCUGGAUAGCUACGUAUUGGAGGCUAAACGAUGGGUGCAGAGCGGGCAACAACUGCAAGAGACGUCUAUAGGGGAAAUUGAGAAAGAACUGAACAUAAAGAACCCGCUACAUCGCAAGAAGUUACAGUUGGCCUUGAUAGAUAUGCAAGAAAAUGGAUCCAGCGACCCGUACCUGGCGCAAGCGGGCAAACUGGACACCGCAUGGGUGUUACGGUGGUUGGACGACACGGGCCUUCCUCAGCACAAAGAGAACUUUCUCAUUAACCGAGUCGACGGACGUGUCUUGCAUCGAUUGACCAUGGACGAUCUGGCGUUAUUACACGUCACGUCCUUACUGCAUGUAGCUAGCAUCAAGAGGGGCAUCCAGGUGUUGAGAGAAAAUAACUAUGAUCCGGCAUGUCUACAAAGAAGAUCGCUGCCUGAUGAUCCAUCACAACCUACUCCAAAACAGAUAUCCCUAUGGACUACUCAUCGCGUAAUGGAAUGGCUGCGAGCCGUGGACCUGGCCGAAUAUGCUCCGAACCUUCGAGGUGCCGGUGUCCACGGAGGCCUGAUGGUCCUGGAACCGAAAUUCAACGCUGAAUUGCUCGCGGCGCUGCUCAGUAUACCACCGGGCAAAACUUUGCUGCGAAGGCAUCUCAACACGCACUUCAAGGAACUGCUUGGGAAGGACAUCAUACAAGAGAAGAGAGAAGCUGAAUCGAUGUUGGGAUACGUACCCCUCACUCCGGCGUCCAAGAUGAAGAUUCCGAAAAAGUCGCAGUUUUCGCUGAAACGAAAAAAAUCAAAGGGUGAAGCUGACUAUGGGGAUUUGGUUUGCCCUCUAAAUCCAGAUAAAUCAGAUGAAGAAGACGGCAAGCGUAGAGGAAGAGGGUGUCUCUCCUCGUCUCGCUGACAUUCACCGUUACCAUUUGCAGGGAGUCACUCGUUCGCUGCCCGCCUCCGUGUCAAACUCGCCAGUGCAGCAAAGGCACGUCUGAGCUGCAUUUCACGACGAUCAUUUUUUAAGUUAGUGACAAGCUUUUACACGCCUAGUUAGGCAGAAAAGUUCUAUUGUAUUUUUAUUGACGAUCCAUUUGCUCAUGCGGCAAAGCUAUAUUUGUACAGUUAUCUAGACAAACUCAACACGCGGUUCAAAGAAAAUUAUGGUUACUUAUCGGUUUCUAAAAUAUCCGAAAAUAAUGGUAAAUCACGUCCACUUAUUUUGAGUAAAAAAAUACGUGGUACUUCUAUGUCCGCGAAAUGUUGGGACACCCUGUAUAAGCUACGACUAGAUCCAUGUCUUGCCAGCACUAAUCUUUGGAUCGUCAUUUUUUCUAUACCAUCCAAUCUUUUCACCAGGACUCAAUCUCAAAACGCUAAUUUAUCACUUUUUUACAUUUGACACAAGCGAUAUCUGUGAAGUAUCAUGUAAUCGUACCAUUUUAGAAAAGAUUAAUUAAUAUUCCGUUAUGAGUAUUCAAUAUUCAUAAUGGCCGGUUGCACCUCUUUUGUCAAAUCCACCACUAAGCAAACGUUAAGGUCAAUCUCAAACUGAGUUUCUGUUCCGAUUCGGUAAAAACUUAUCUAAGAUCACAUUACAUCUGAUAACAGUGCAAGGAACUGAGAUAAAUAAUUUUAUUUCAUCAAAGAUGGAGUAUCAUUUUGGGAUCCUCCAGGGUGGUAUCCUGGGACCACUUCUUUUUAUCUUGUUCGGAAAGUUCUUGCGGUUUUUAACAUUCAAAUUCAAAAAAGCAUAUCUCAGCUUUAACUAAACUUUAUUAAUCACUUUUGCCAACGAGAAACUAGUUUAUUUAUGCCGUUAACGUAGAAAUCAGGAAAAUGUGAACAAGAAUAAGAAAAUCCUGCGAAUUUACCUCUUGUCCAUCCUAUAUAAAAAACAAAUUAUAGUAAAACAAAACGAAUACAACAACUAGAUAGAGCGAAAAACGCGGUUUAAAAAGAUAUAUAAAGUUAAAAUAAUAUAAAUAAAUUUUAGUUUAAAAUAUAAAUAAAAACAGCAAGAACUUUCCGAACAAUACCUAUAUGACCAAAAAUUGCAUAAUCCAAAUUUUUGCUGAUGAUACUAACAUUUCUGUAAAUGCCCUUGACCUUCAAAACGUUGUAGUGGUAUCGUAUAAAACUUUCGCAAGCAGCCAUAAGAAUAUAUUAACGAAAUAUACUCGUAAAGUGCAUUUCAUUCAUCAUAUAAGUAAAUAAGGUGUUAUGGAAUCCGUGCUAGUGCUCAUCGGUAAUUCUUGAAUCAUUGUGUAACAAUGAAUUUUCUAAGGAGAUUGUUAAUUAUCACAACCGUUCAAGUAUUUAUAUCUGUAGAGUAUUAUUGAGGUAUUUAACAUAACAUGAAUAGUAUGAGGUGGUUCGUAAUGUAUAGACCAUGAAAAUGCAUAAACAAUUUGUCAUUAUUGUUACCACCCUAGAUAAAUACGUAUACAUAUACGUAUAUAAACGUUGAGAAAUGUCUUCCCUAAAAUUUGCCUUAGAAAUGUUAAGCACCUAUUUUCUCCCGAUACCUACCUAUAUACUAUGUGUAGAAAAUAAUGAAACUUGUACUGAAAUAAACAUAGACAAUAGCAACAUUUUGAAGGCUUUUUAAAUGCAUGAUAAACAUAUACGAUUGAAAGUAUCAAUUUUUAACUUGAUAUCUAUUCACAAAGGAUUAUUCAAAGAUGUAGAAUCAAGAUUUUGAAAUAACACAACCAUAUUUUAUUAAUCAAAACUAUAUUAACUUUACUACAGUUAAACCUAGGAACCUAGAUUUAUUUUGUAAACAAUAUACGAGGGUGGUUUCAGAAAUAUGGUUCCCACAUUUUUUCAGUCACAAAUAAUUUUUUAUAUUACGUUUUUGUAUUUUAAAAUCAGUAUUAUUUUGACUUUUGAAUGAUCCUUUGUUCUAAAAUAAAAUUGAAAAGAAUUUUGUGAUUUCUUAUGAUUCUUCUGUGGAAUUUAAGCGUAACUCAUAUAUUCUAAAACACUGACUGCAACUUUGAUUUAUUUCAUUUUACAAAGUAUUGUAUAGAAAUGCAGAUAGAAUUAAUUUUCGAAAUGAUAUUGAAUUUGAAUAUCAUCAUAUAAAUGUGUUGGUAAGUAUACACUUUAGUCUACUCUAUGUUACUCUAUAAUAAGAUAUAAAUAAUAUUUACGUGAAGAUUGAACACUUUAAAUGUAAAUUGUGGCAGUACAACCUUUGAGUGGAAACUAGUUUCAAUCGAAUUUCCAUUAAAUCGUUCAACCGGAGUAUUUGUAGUUUGAGUGUUUAUACUUUAAUGUUUAUGUUUCAUCUUUGGCUUACGUAAAUUUGAUCAUAUAUCUUCGAAAUAUCCUGUUAUAAAUUUGUUAAAAAUUAAUGGCUUGGUCUAGUAUCCCUAUUUAGCUUUUGUUCAAAAAUUACUACUCACAUCAAAACCCUCUUACUUGAGGGAAAAAAUCAUUUAAUACUGACGUUAUUAUUUCUAUUUUUUUAAAUAUCUAUGCCGCUCAAAUGUUGUAAUGCAAAUAAUGUAGCAACAUUUAUAUUGAACAUAUACUGUGACUCAUGACACAAAAAUAUUAUUCCGUUAUAUUUUUUGAAAGAUUUUAUCGUGAUCGACGACUCUAAAUGUACCAUCAUUUUAUCUGCUUUUAGUAUAAAAAUAACUAUUGACGUAUAAAUCAUGGAUCAAUUAGUACACCACGCAAUCUAAUCCGGACAUUGUGCAAGUUUUUAAAAGGCUAAAAGCUAUCCAAUUCUGGAUCAAUCCAGACUAAAGCAUAUUGGGCCAAAUCACCUUAGCCGAAUUUUCAGAUCGAUAUGACGCCCCUAGGAAAAAACGUGUUUUUUCGAAAACAAGUUUUUUAAAAUUCUGAAAAAAUUACAGAUGUUGCAUUGUUAUAUCCUACAUAACUGUGAUUAUUCAUAGAUUUUGUGGAACAUACACAUUCAAGAAAAUAAUGUUUGGUGUCUUUUUUCGUAUUUUAAGUUCGAUAAUGAGAUUUUCAAAAAAUCAAAAAUCCACUGUGUUUCAGUGCUUUCUUGCGUUCUUUUUAGAUCUACAAAAUCAAUCGUCAUAAAUCGGAAAAUAUCUUUGACAUUUUGAUACCAUAAGUUAGAUAACUUAAUAAAGAUAAACAUAGAAAAGACCAGAUUUUCGCUGUUUAAGGUGAUUUCACCCAAUAUACCUUUGGGGGCAAUUUUCGUAUCUAGUUUAUAGCCUUUAACGCGAGACAGAAAACAGAUUUUAAAGUAGUAUUUAGUAAAAAAAUCCUUCUAUCAUGAAACAUAUUAUCACAUCACUGAGAAGAAAGAAUGUACGCAUUUCAGUUGACCAGUAUUGAAUGUAACAAAAAAUUGUUAAUGUAUGUAGACUCUAGGACAAGUUAUGACCAAAUAUAUACAUAUUUUACCAAUUUGUACCUAUACAUAUACUAGUAACGUAUUUGUUGAAGUUGUUAUUUAUAAUCGAUUAUUUUUUAUAUAACGCAUUUUAACAUUUACCCCUUUUAACAUUGUAUUGGUGCCGUGUGUUGUGAACGUUUAUGGUAUUUAUUUCUGUAUUGUGCCAAAAAGAGAUUUUUUCGAUUGAUUUAACUCAGUUCACAAGUGAUAGUAACAUUUGGGUGAUUCCAUAUUUUUUGUACGCACAAGUAACAUAGCAGUAUAAUCGAAAAAAGUACCUAAAAUGGAUUAACAAAAAGUAUACAGGUUUGCCCUGACUAUUUCAGUGUAUUAUUUGUUGUUUUGUGAGGU